AUGGCUUACGACCGCCCCUCUAUAUUGUCGAACCUUCCGACAUCUCCGCUUACUCAAGCGCCUAAGUACCCAGCACGAUAUGUCCCAGAUGUUGCUAUGUCCCCUCAAACCGAAGUCAAUCCUUCCCGGUCGCCGCGCCGCUACUCCGCCGCCUCCACACACCAGGCGAGUGCUGAUGCCGACAAGGAAGAGGUCUACGGCGAGGCAGACUGGGAAAACUAUUGGGAUCCCCAGGACCUCAGAGAUCUGCCGCCACCGGGGCCCAAACUUCAGCCUGAACCCAUCUAUGAAAACAGCAUGCCAGAUAAGAAUAAGUUUCUGGGAACACAUCAAGUGAUGCAGCUAGAUGACAAAAGCUAUUCGAAUGUCAUUACACACUACGAGAAAACUCUGGUGAUGUUCUACAAUCCCUUCCAGUGUGACAGCGUCUUCCCUGGGAUGCAGUUUGCAUCAGCUGCAUCAGCAAACACCAACAAGCUGCACAGAUAUGCCUCAGUCGACUGUUCUACGGAGAAGGAACUCUGUCUAGAUCAAAAAAUUUUGAAAACACCAGUGUUUAAGCUCUACUCAAACGGAUAUAUUAUUAGUAAUAUCGGAGACCCUGAUAAGUUCAACGCCGACCAGAUGCGAAUGCUAGUAACUAUGACACCUGUUCUUAAUCAACCAAGACAAGAGCUGGCAAAGGUCUUCUCGGCUAGAUCGUAG